AUGAAGUUUUAUAUUGACGACUUACCUAUUCUGUUUCCAUAUCCAAAGAUAUACCCUGAACAAUAUCACUAUAUGUGUGAUAUCAAGCGUACAUUAGAUGCCGGUGGUAAUAGUAUAUUGGAAAUGCCUUCAGGAACAGGUAAGACUGUUUCUUUAUUAUCCUUAGCUGUCGCUUACCAGAUGCAUUAUCCGGAACAUAGAAAAAUUAUUUAUUGUUCACGUACUAUGUCUGAAAUUGAGAAGACUUUAGUCGAAUUAGAAAACUUGAUGGAUUAUAGAGCUCGAGAAUUGGGAUACCGUGAAGAAUUUAGAGGUCUGGGGUUAACAUCCAGAAAAAACUUGUGUUUACACCCUGUAGUAUCUAAGGAAAGAAAAGGUAGCGUAGUUGAUGAAAAAUGUAGAAGAUUAACAAAUGGUGUCAAUAAACGUAAAUUAGAGGCUGAUCCAGAUGCUGAUGUCGAGUUAUGUGAUUAUCAUGAAAAUUUAUAUAAAAUGGAAGUCAGUGAAUACUUACCAAACGGUGUAUUUUCCUUUGAAAAGUUGAUUAAUUAUUGUGAAGAGAAGACGAUAUGUCCUUAUUUUACGGUGCGUCGUAUGAUUUCGUUAUGUAAUAUUAUCAUAUAUUCGUACCAUUAUUUAUUAGAUCCAAAGAUCGCAGAGAGAGUUUCCAAUGAAGUUUCCAAGGAUAGUAUAGUUAUAUUUGAUGAGGCCCAUAAUAUUGAUAAUGUCUGUAUUGAAUCCUUGUCAUUAGAUUUGACAAAUGAUGUUCUUAGACGUGCUACAAAAGGUGCAAAUGCCCUUGAAGAUCGUAUCGAUGAAGUUAGGAAAGUAGAUUCACAGAAAUUGCAGGAUGAGUAUGAUAAAUUGGUUCAAGGGUUGCAUAGCAGUGACAUUAUAAGACCCGAGGAAGAAACGUUUGUUGAAUCACCUGUCCUUUCCGAAGAUUUAUUAACAGAGGCCGUUCCAGGUAAUAUUAGGAGAGCAGAGCAUUUUGUAUCCUUCUUAAAAAGAUUAAUUGAAUAUUUGAAGACAAGAAUGAAGGUUCUUCAUGUAAUUUCAGAAACACCUAAAUCAUUUUUACAACAUCUGAAACAAUUGACUUUUAUCGAUAGGAAACCUUUAAGGUUUUGUGCCGAAAGAUUAUCUUUGCUUGUACGAACUUUAGAAGUCACAGAGGUAGAAGAUUUUACGGCAUUGAAGGAUAUUGCAACAUUUGCAACUCUAAUAUCUACCUACGAGGAUGGGUUUUUAUUAAUAAUUGAACCAUAUGAAAUUGAGAAUGCAGCAGUUCCUAAUCCAAUCAUGAGAUUUUCAUGCCUGGACGCCUCUAUCGCUAUCAAACCAGUAUUCGAGAGAUUUUCUUCUGUAAUUAUUACGUCGGGUACUAUAUCACCUUUGGACAUGUAUCCAAGAAUGUUAAAUUUUGAAACUGUUUUACAAAAGUCAUAUGCAAUGACAUUAGCAAAGAAAUCAUUCCUACCAAUGAUUAUUACUAAAGGUUCUGAUCAAGUUGCUAUAUCAUCACGUUUUGAGAUUAGAAAUGAUCCCAGUAUUGUACGUAAUUAUGGUUCUAUGCUUGUUGAAUUUGCUAAGGUUACUCCUGAUGGUAUGGUUGUUUUCUUUCCAUCAUAUUUAUAUAUGGAAAGUAUCGUAUCUAUGUGGCAAACGAUGGGUAUCCUUGACGAAGUGUGGAAACACAAAUUAAUUUUAGUGGAAACACCUGAUGCUCAGGAGACUUCAUUAGCCUUAGAAACCUAUAGAAAAGCUUGCUCAAAUGGUCGAGGCGCGAUAUUACUAUCUGUGGCUAGAGGGAAGGUUUCUGAAGGUAUUGAUUUUGAUCACCAAUACGGGAGAACUGUGCUGAUGAUUGGUAUUCCUUUCCAAUAUACAGAAUCACGUAUUUUGAAAGCUCGUUUAGAGUUUCUAAGAGAAAAUUAUCAAAUCAGAGAGAAUGACUUUUUGUCUUUUGACGCAAUGAGACACGCUGCCCAAUGUCUAGGGAGAGUUUUAAGAGGUAAAGACGACUAUGGGGUUAUGGUCUUAGCUGAUCGUAGGUUUUCGAGAAAGAGAAAUCAAUUACCAAAAUGGAUUUCUCAAGGUUUAUCUGAUGCGGAUUUGAACCUGUCUACAGAUAUGGCAAUUUCGAAUGCUAAGCAAUUCUUGAGAACCAUGGCUCAACCAACAGACAUAAAGGAUCAAGAAGGUAUUUCUGUUUGGAGUUUAGAUGAUCUAACAAAAUACCAAGAGAAGAAGAAAAAUAAGAAGAGACAGGACGGUAUUACAGAGAUCGAUGUCGCAGAAGCUAUAGAUGGAGAUGGCGACAUUGAUAUGCAUUGA